AUGGCACUCUGUAGAGGAGACUUUCAGCUUGAUAAAUGUCGUAGUUGUAUCAAUAAUGCUACGGAUGCCCUCUUACAAUUCUGUCCUUACCAAAAACAGGCGAUCUAUUGGGCUGAGGGUGGUCAAUGCAUGUUACGCUACUCUAAUGAAUCAAUAUUUGGAAAACUUGAAACUGACCCUCGCCAACAGUGGUAUGUAACAUCCGACUCCCCAAGUCGGCAAGAGUUCAACAGGGCUUUGAGAACAUUGUUAGAUAAUCUCCGCAGCCAGGCUGCUUAUGGUGGCGCUGGCAAGAAGUUUGCUGCUGCCAACACUGCUCCCGAUCUGUUGACACUUUAUGGACUAGUACAGUGCACUCCUGAUUUAAGCUCAGAUGAUUGUAGUGAUUGCCUAAUCCAGGGGGUUGCUGAGAUUAUACCACAAUGUUGUAAUGGGAAACUAGGAUUCGGAGUGUAUUGCCCCAGCUGCCUUCUUCGCUAUGAAACCUAUUUGUCUUAUAAUGAUACUUCUCUGCCGGCACCACCACCACCACCACCACCAAUGUCACUACCAACACCACCACUACCGGCACCACCGGGAAAUGACAAAAAUACAACUCAAACUAUCAUUAAUGUUAUUGUUCCAAUUAUCGUGGGUCUAAUAGUUGCUCUUUGCAUUGGUUUCUUCCUAAGGUUUAGACAAAAUCAUAAACCGAGGGCAAAACUUGAAACUCACGAUGAAAUUAGUUCUGUUGAAUCCGUGUACUUUGAAUUCGGUAUAAUUAGAGCAGCAACAGAUAAUUUCUCGGAUGCUAACAUGCUCGGGCAAGGUGGAUUUGGCAUUGUUUACAAGGCUUGGAAAAAUUGGCACGAAGGAACAACAACAAAUAUAAUAGAUCCCGCAUUGAGGACUUCUUCACGAUCCUUUCAUGACAUCAUGCGAUGCAUUCAUAUUGGUUUGCUAUGUGUUCAAGAAGAUGUAGCUGAAAGACCUACAAUGGCGUCAAUAGUGAUAGAGAGACAUCCUAGGCACCAUUCCUGGGGAGUUACAUUUGAAUAUUAUUUCUUUCCUUAUGCAUUUCCUGUAAUUGACAGCAAUUAG